AUGGCGCACAAUUCAAGAAAGCGUCUACAAUCUGACACGAGCCCACCGCGGCUCGAGCAGGCAACGUACGCUCAGUGCCGCCUUUCGCUUCCUCGGUGUCGGUCUGGUACCUGGGCGCCACGAAUGGGGCGCUGCAGCUCGUGUCGGAACAAGACGAUAUACUUUUGCUAUGUAAAUCGAGAGUUUAUUUGCUUGAACUGCGUGUUCCAGCCGAGGUAUGAACUUUCCGUUGUGCGCUCGUACAAGGAAUGGAUUCGAGACUCGAGCUACGAGCAGCCUCCACGUUGUCCGUUUACCGGAGCGCCUCUCCGACACGGUGAGGAGCUGGUUCGGCUACCACCCCCUGACCUACGUGUGGUUUCCGCCGCGGGACUCGCAGCUUAUCUUCGUGGGCGUUUCGGCCCGGACACAACACCAGCAGGAUUCCGUUCGAACGAGCUGCCUUUCGGGUUGGUGCCGGACCCGCAGGAUGACUCUGCAGUGGCGCAGCGUUUGCGGAGGUUCCUCGCGUUGCUCGGCUAUGAUGCAGCUCUAGCCGUAGCAGAGCCGCUGGAAGACAAACGUUCGAGUCCCGGCACCGUCUCGGCAGAGGGAGGCACGCAAGCCGCCAGCGAGGCAACGCUGUUGGAGCGGCGCCUCCCGAGCGAGCAACGCCCGGUGUCUCGCCCGCUGGAGGCCACCACAGAGGCCGUGAGUCGCACGGCGCCGCGAACGGGCUCCAACACAACGAUCGUGGUGGAGUCUCACAAAACCUCCGAGCCCGACUCCACGACAGCGAUCGCUCCGGCACGGAAGCAGAACGCUGCUGGUCGUACAGCGGAUAAUGACAGCAAGGAACGCAAAAUACGACAACAGAAAAUACGGCGGUUCCUCAACUUUUUAGGUCAGAGCGCUGAAGUGCUCCCUUUGCCACAUCCACGACCUAAUCGUCGAAACCGUCGUCUGACGGGGCUCGCGCUGUCCUUCGGCUUCGGCGUGGGUAUUUUAGUGUUUCUCGCGUACGUGGUUCGUCAUGGUCUAUUCAAUCCGCUGGCUUUAUGGGAAUAUGUCGUCGAAAGACGUCAGGGCAUGUUGAGCGUUGAGCGUUGA